UUUAAUCUGUACGUGAAUAAUGAACUGAGUCCGGGCAGAAGAGACGUCCCUGUCCUCAGUCGAACAGCUCGAUUUGGGAUUCGCUGUGGGUCGUGAAGAAACAAGAGAGCAAGCUGUCCGUUUUAACGUCGUGCUCACCUCAUUUAUUCUGCAUGGGUCUACUUUUAUUUCUUCAUAGUCGGGUAAAAUAAGAGCGUGUAUCCUGUGCGUCGGGACGCCGCAGCUGGGGGCGUGUCUCUCUCUCUGACGUCACCAGGCCUGUCCGUAUAAGGAGCUGAGCAGCGCCUCGCGCUAUGGCUCCUCCAGUGGACACACACGGUCAUGCAUUGAUUCAUCAAGUCAUUUUUUCCAAAUCGAGCCAUUAAUUUUUCCGGAGGCACUUUCAAAACGGGAGCAGGCAUCUGAAGAUUGACAUUUUAGGGAAAGUUCUGGAGUUUUGUUUGGGAAUGUCGUGGAUUCUGAAGUGUCUCCCAGUGCUGUUGAUCCUGGUGAACUCACACGCCGCUGAGGACGAUGAUAUUCGAGCAGGCUGCAGCACUGCUGUUAAUGACCUGGUCUACAUCAUGGACGGCUCCUGGAGUGUGGGAAGCGACGACUUUGAAACAGCCAAGCACUGGCUAAUCAAUGUGACCAGUGGCUUCGACGUGAGUUCACACUACUCUCAGGUGGGCGUAGUACAAUACAGCGACACACCAAGGUUGGAGAUCCCUCUCGGCCUCCACAAGACCACUCAAGAUCUCAUUAAAGGCAUUGAGGACAUCAGCUAUUUAGGAGGCAACACUCAGACGGGCCGUGCCAUCAAGUUUGCCGUGGACCACGUCUUUGCAUCUUCUCAGCGAAGUGAAGUGAAGCACCGCAUUGCUGUGGUGGUGACCGAUGGAAAGUCGCAGGACGAUGUUAUGGACGCUAGCGUGGAGGCCCGAGCACGAGGGAUUAAAGUGUUUGCGGUGGGUGUCGGGACGGAGAUCACCACUUCGGAGCUGGUGACCAUCGCCAACAAACCAGAAGGCGAAUACGUGCUGUAUGCGGAGGACUACACCAAUAUCGACCGCAUCCGUGAUGCUAUGGAACAGAAGCUGUGCGAGGAAUCUGUAUGUCCCACACGUAUUCCUGUGGCUUCUCGUGAUGAGAAAGGCUUUGAGCUGAUACUGGGCAUGAAGAUCCAUCAGAAAGCGAAGAAGAUACAGGGUUCCUUAGUGUCAGAAGCAGCGUAUCUUCUAGACAAGAGCACCGACAUUACUGAAAACACAAGGGAGAUUUUUCCCGAAGGUCUUCCUCCCUCCUAUGUGUUUGUGUCGACUCUGAGACUCAAAGGGCCUUCAAGUGAAGAGAAGAUGGACCUGUGGAGGGUCCUGUCUAAAGACGGACAGAUUCAGGCGGCUGUCACUCUCAACGGACAGCACAAAUCUAUCAUCUUCACCACCACGAACACGGUUAAUGAGGAACAGAAAGUGACUUUUGAUGCACGAGGCACUGAGGCUCUUUUCGAUGGAAGCUGGCACCAGCUGAAGGUUCUGGUUAAACCCAGAAGGGUCACCUGUUUUCUGGAUGACCAGCAGAUCCAGGAUGAGGCUCUGGACGUCGUGGAGCCCAUCUACAUCAACGGGAAGACUCAGAUCUCCAAACGCUCUGGCUCUGACUCUACACUUCCUACAGAGAUCCAGAAGCUGAGGCUUUAUUGUGACCCACAGCAAAGUGAGCGAGAGACAGCGUGUGAAAUCUACUCCGUGGAUGAUGAACGGUGUCCCCUGGAUCGUGAGCCCACUAACGAGACUGAGGAGCCAUGCGACUGCAACGAGGUCCAGCCGGGGCCCGGGCCGCCGGGGCCGCCAGGACCCAGGGGCUUUCGUGGAGAGAAGGGAAGAGAAGGACCUCCGGGGCCAGACGGUAAGCCUGGACUCCUGGGUUCAAAAGGAGAGCCUGGAAAUCCGGGUAUAUCCGGAGAAAAGGGUGAUGUGGGUCCACCGGGGCUGAGAGGAGAUCCAGGACUUCAGGGUUUAAAAGGCGAACGAGGAGAACAAGGGUUGCCAGGGAAACCAGGGCCACCAGGACCCACGGGAGCAUCAAAACCAAACAUUGGUACAGCUGGAAUGCCAGGAAAAAAGGGAGAGCAGGGGGGCAAAGGAGAACAAGGACCUCCUGGAAAGCCUGGUCCGAUGGGGAAGCCUGGACUGGCUGGGAGCGCCGGGGCGUCCGGUCCUGCUGGAGCUAAGGGAGAGAAAGGAGAUGCAGGUCUUCCCGGAGCAGAUGGACUUCAGGGAGUUCCAGGAAUCAGAGGACUGCCCGGAGAGGAAGGAGCCAGCGGGACACAGGGAGCGAGAGGAGCUCCGGGACAGAAAGGAUCAGCAGGACCCCGAGGAGCUCCGGGCGCGCCGGGGCCUUCGGGGCCCCUCGGAGCAGACGGACUCCGCGGCCCCAAGGGUACGGCGGGAGAAAAGGGAGAGGCGGGUGUUUCUGGAGCAGCGGGUCCGAAGGGCGAACGGGGCCAGCUGGGAUUUCCGGGCCCUCAGGGAGCCGUGGGCCCUCCUGGAUUUAAAGGACACAAGGGAGAACGAGGAGAUCUCGGACCCAGAGGUGUUCAGGGUGAAAAAGGCAGCAAAGGAUUCUCCGGAUCCCCUGGAUCUCCGGGUGAGGUGGGACCCAGAGGCAGCAGAGGAGAGAAAGGUACGGCGGGCGAGAGCGGGGUCAAAGGUCCAGACGGACAGAAGGGAGACGCGGGACACGUCGGUGUGGUCGGUCCGCGGGGGUUCCCGGGUCAGGACGGUUUGCCAGGGCUGCCCGGCGCUCCGGGCUUUCCAGGGAAGCCUGGUAAGCCUCCCUCAGAGGAGUACUUAAUAAAACUCUGUGGGGACAUUUUGAGAAAUCAGCUGCCGCAGCUACUGCAGACGAUGAGCCCUCCGCGCUCGGAGCCCUGUGAGACCGUUAAAGGACCCCCGGGACCCCCUGGAGCUCCAGGGCCUAAAGGGCCCAUCGGCCCCCAGGGCUAUCCCGGCAGACACGGCGCUCAGGGCUACCCCGGGCCUCCGGGCAUCCAAGGACCUCCAGGAGUCAAAGGGGACACGGGCCCUCGAGGAUUUAAGGGCAGUAAAGGAGAGAGCAGACCAGGAUACCCAGGGCCUCCUGGAGACACAGGGAUCCAGGGUCCUCGCGGCAGUGAUGGCAUUGGUAUUCUGGGCCCUCCGGGAAUCCCGGGUAAAUCCGGGGCUCCGGGCAUCCCGGGGAAGCAAGGUCCUCCAGGGCCAGCCGGCGUGUGCGACAUGUCCAUCUGCUACCAAUCCUAUGACCUCAGGGAAGAGCGCUACAGUAAAGGGCCUGAUUUCUAACAUGAACACAUGGGCUCAGCUCUCGGACUGCCAGAAGCGCUGCAGCAAAUCCAGAGGAAUUUACUCCCAUUGUCUCUGCGUUUCUGUGCUGCAGUGAAACAUCAGGGGCCUGUAGAUGAAGCGUGUGAAACCUAAAAGACGUCAAACCUGCCUUCUGAUGCACAACGAGUUGGUGCAUAGCACCAGUAAUGCAAGGGUGCAUGCGUAAAGUCAUUUACAAAAUAAUACUGCAAUUAUAUUAAUGUGGAUGGAUGGCAAUGUGUCAUAAACAUUAAUAUUUAUCACCAUUACUUAUGAAAAUGAAUUAUUAAUGAACUGUUUUGUUGCCAAAUAAGGAACUUUUGCAACAUGAUAUAAGACGCAAUAAUAAAAGCAUUCGUUUGUGUGUCAUUUGGUACUAAUGAAGAUUAAGAAUAAAUGGCUUUAUUACUUCAGGGACAGACAUAAAGGGGAAAAGCUUAAUGUUUCUGUUUGUUUUUGGCAAAAAGAUUGCCUUCGUUGUGAUUUCCUCAGUACUUGGCUGAGAAUCUUGGAUUGGGCAGCUUUCUAAGACACAACAGACAUCAUAUUUUCAUAUUUAAUUGAAUUACUAACUGUGCUUUAAAUUGUUGGCUGGUUGAUUUGAUAAAUAGCAAUUCUUUUUUUGUAUUAUUUACAUAUGUACUUUUUUUUUGCUCUGCCUGAAGAGAAGGUAAAUUCACACUAACCUCAUUAAACAUAAUAUUAAAUAAAGAGAACACAAUCAAUUAUCAUCAAAACUAUUUCAUUUUAUGUGUGUGAGUUCAGGAUGGAUUUUCUUCUUCUCUUUUGGCAGUAAAGUACUUAAGCUAUAUAAGGUAUGACAUACAAAUCUGAAAGAUGUAAUUAUUUGAAAUGCUGUUUUUGUGAAUUUGUGCAAAACACUUGUUAUAUUUUCUACCAAUGAAAUCACAUUUUACUUUUAUAUAAUCCUUUUAGUCUAGCAUUUAAUUCUAAUCUGUUGUUUUAUUCACACUAUAUAUAUAUUGUUUUUUUACAAAUCUCUGGGAAUUUGUACAUGACAUCAGACUAUUUCACUUUUUAGAACUCUAGUAUUUGCUAAGAAAGACUUUGUCACAAUAAAAGGUAA